AGUGGGCAUUAAGGGGGCCAGAGGAGUGAGCGAGGGCACCUGGGCUUGGAUGUGUUUGGCAUAGAGCCUGUUCCGGGGUCCUGCAGUGUCCAGGCUGCCCUUCUCAGACCUGCCCUUGCUUGAACACAUGGGGAAAUGCAGCCUCAUCCUGGCCUUGCCCUUUGCCUGCCUCCACGGUGAGCACGAGGAAACGCAGCCCAAGUUUGUUUUCUGCCUCAGCCACUCAGCAGCGACUCCAGUCACAGGGAGGCAGGUGACGAGGACUCCAGACCAACUCCCUGAGGAGUCAGGCCACUCCCGCCCUGGCCCUUGGGGCUUGGCGUGGAAGAAGGAAGUGUGUGCUCCUCAGACAGCUCUGAGCCUGCACACCUGCCUGAGGAGCUUGCAGGGCCUCGGGUCCCUGGUUGGCAGAAGCCCCGCUUCCUCGCGGCCCAUGAGUGCUGCUGGGGAGGAUGGGGACCAGGGCUUGUGCCCAGCGCCCAGUGGUGUCCCGAGAGCCUUAGGCCACGCUGCUCCCUGCUGCUAGUUUCCAGGACGAUGAGAGAGCCCGAGGCCCACACCGCUUUCAGGAGGAUGGCUGCCUUUUCCCACUGCAUCAGGCCUGACCCCAGUGAGCUGGACAUGAUUUCCACGAGGGUGAUGGACAUUAAGCUUCGGGAGGCUGCAGAAGACCUUGGCGAGGACAACACAGGAAAGAAAAAAUCCAAAUUCAAAACUUUUAAGAAGUUAUUUGGGAAGAAGAAGAGGAAGGAAUCACCUUCGUCCACAGGAAACAGCGCCUGGAAACAAAAUCCCGCCAAGAGCGAGGUCAUUCCCAUCGAGUCCGGGCCGGUGGGCUACGACUCCGAGGAUGAGCUUGAGGAGUCCAGGGGCACCCUGGGCAGCCGGGCCCUGUCACACGACAGCAUUUUCAUUCCCGAGGCGGGACAGGACCCUGCUCGGCCUGUGCGGGUGUUUUCCCAAGAAAACGUGUGUGACCGGAUUAAAGCUCUGCAGUUAAAAAUACAAUGCCACGUGAAGAUGGGGCCACCGCCUCCAGGGGGGCUGCCCAUCAAGCGGGCGGAGGACACCGGCAUGAGCUCCGAGGACGACGGGCUACCCCGGAGCCCCCCCGAGAUGUCCCUGCUGCACGACGUGGGCUCAGGCACCACCAUAAAGGUCUGCUUAGUGUCCUCCUCCCGGCCGCAGUCUCCAGACCACACGAACAACACCACCGUCUCCUCCAGGACCUCCGACAGCAGCCUGGCACCCGUGGCUGACUUCAGCCAGCCCCCGGAGUCCUCCUCCUGCUUGGACAACUCUGCAGCCAAGCACAAGCUCCUGGUUAAGCCGCGUAACCAGCGGUCGAGUAAAAUGAGGCGUCUGUCUUCGCGGGCGCAGUCAGAAUCCCUGAGCGACCUGACCGGCACCCCCGAGGAGGAGGAAUCCGGUGAGAAGCCAGGGCUUGAAGUCAGCACAGAGGAGAAUCCCAGCGCCGGGCAACAGGAUUUGAUGCUGGACAGAGACCCUGAGCCCGGGGGACCUGCCACCUUGCUGCCACCUGGGGGGCCCCGUGCCAGACGUGCCCGCCUGCAGCACAGCCCAGCACUCAGUGCCAGUGUGGAGGAGGGGAGCUCCCUCUGGGAUGUCCCCUCAAGCUGUCCGGCCACCCCAGAGGUCACUGAGCCGGUGGCAGUCCUAGCCCCCUGCGUGGAGCCCCCAUCUCUACCAGAAGGCUCUCUGCACCCCAUUCCCGACAUUGAAAUCCAGGAGGAGGAGCCGUCCACUGCGAGCCCAUGUCCCCCAGCUGGGGACAGAGCUGAGGAGAUGGUCUGUGCUUCUGGAGACGUGGAAAGUGCGUUGUCCACCACUGUCCCCACGGGGGACACAGCACCUCAUGACACAGUACCUCCUGAGAUUGUCACUGCCACAAUCUUGGAGACACCCUGUGAUCUGGAUGGCCCAGACCAGAGUGUCCAGCAGGAGGUGGAACCCACAUUGGCAGUGCCCAGCCCCAAGGGAGCAGAGACAGAACCUGCAGUGGCUCCCGCCCCGAGCCCUCCUGGGCCCAAGAGCUGCCUGAAGCACAGGGCUAUGAUGGUGGCUGAGGACCUCAGCGUAUCCCCAGCACCCAUCACAGAGUCACCCGUACGGGAGCCCAGCCCCUGUGCCCUGGGCCACGAAGCUGUGGCCCCCGAGCACCCCAAGGCUGAGCACACAGAGUCCCCUAAGGGCGGUCCCGAGAGGGGGACUCCAGGGCGGAAAAGUGAGAGGGGUGCUGGUGGUGGGGAGCUACGGGGCGUGAAGAAGUUCUCAGUGUCGUCAUGCAGGGCACGGCCACGCCCAGGAGGCCCUCGUCUUCCAGGCCCCACUGUCCCUGCUGUCCCCACUGUCUCUGCAAUCCGAUUGCCCCUGGCGCGCAGUGGCCUGGCCUGGAGGAGCGAGGCGGCCCUCGAUGACCUCCACGUGCUCCCCGAGCGCCAGACCCAGAAAUCGGACCCUCAGAAACCAGCAGAGCCAGAGUCUCAGGACUCAGGGGACACUGCAGCCACCACGCCAGGCACGGGAGAUCCCUGCCCGGCUGCCGCGGAGCCACCCCCAUGUGAGGACAGAAGCCCCUUCCCUGUCAAGCUGCGGUCCACCUCCCUGUCCCUCAAGUACAGAGAGGGCCCCUCCCAGGAAGCCAAGGGCGUCAAGAGAUACAGCGCUGAAGUCAGGUUAGAAAGAGGAGGGCUGGCCCUGCUCCCCAAAGAUGAGCAGGGUCAGAUUGGGACAGCCUCUGCACUCCGAGGCGCCAGGUCCCCCAACGGCCAGGGAAAGGGAAAGUCGCGGUCCCCCGAGCAGCCCAGCUCCAAGCCACCCCUGCCCAGGAAGCCGCUGCUGCAGAGCCUCACCCUGGCCUACCUGCCCGACGCCAGCGCUGGAGAGCCUGAGAAAGCGACCCUGCCUGCGGACCCCAGGAAGGACAGCAGAGUGGUGGAGAAGAAGUCUGGGCGCAGAGGAGCCGAGAAGGGGCCGCCCGAGGCAGCGACAGGUCCUGGAGCUGACGGGCAGCCCACGCCACCCUGGAUCACCAUGGCCCGCCAGAAGCGGCGAGGGGCCCCCGACCAGCCGCCGAGCCAGGAAGACAAGCCCGGAACGCGGACCCUGAAGUCGGAAACAGGAAAGCAAGCCAAGGCACCCGAGAGAGCCCAGGAGCCCGUGAAACAGGUUGACUUUGUCCGAAGCAAGUCUUUCCUGAUGACCCCUGCUAAGCCCAUGGUGACCCAGAAGCAGGGGGCCAAGCUGAGCCUCAAGGAGGGGCUACAAAGGGGAAUCUCCCUGUCGCAUCAGAACUUGGGUAUGAGAUCGGCCUGUGUUACCAAGCACUGUGGAUUCAUGGUCCUGGAUGGUUCCUGCGGUCUUGCAGCUCAGGCUGCGGCGAUGACGGAGAAGGAGAUGCAUCAGCUGAAGCGAGCCAGUUAUGCCAGUGCAGACCAGCCCUCCUGGAUGGAACUCGCCAGGAAGAAAUCUCAAGCUUGGAGCGACAUGCCCCAGAUCAUAAAAUAGGUUGGCGGCUCGCUGAUGAAGAAUAUCCAUUCCCUUGACGCGCCACUUCGUUUAAAACUGCCAGUAAAUCAUGGCAAACAGACUGUGCAACUUAAGAUUGAUUUUAUCACCAAGUUAUGCUGAGCUCGGGGAAGAGGACGGAACCAAGCAAAGCAAAGAGAACAAACACAGCCAUAACCCUGGACCAGACGGCCCCCAGCAAAAACCACAGUGAAAAAAAUUCAGGAGUGAGUUCCUGUGCCUGGGGGCGUGAAUGUGAGCUUUAGGAUUCCCUGGGAAAAGAGACCCCAAACAAGGCAGAAAACGGAAAUGAAAAGCGGAUUUAUAAAUCAGACACCCCAAAAGACCAAAACCGAAGCCAUCCCAGGAGCGCCCACAUUUGCGCUCCUGCUGAAGGUCAGCCUAUGUCUGACCACUCUCUUGCCUGUGUUCUCCUUUCGUGUUUACCGCUAGGCAUGACAUUUGUGAAAAAACAGGGAUGCGUUUCCAAGAGCAGCUAUCAGACAGUCUGAUUUCCCGAAGACAGCCACUCUUAAGGAGGAGAGGAAGGAACGUGGCAGGGUUUGUCAAUCCAGAGACUGUUUCCAAAAAUAAUUUUUAAACUUUUCCACUUGGCAUCUGUGUCCUCAACCAUUGCACAAUGCAUUGCCUGUUUAAUAAAAGGUUUCGAACAUGCCUCA